AUGAGACUCACUUACAAGGAUAUAUGUGCUGUCGGCACCGGGUUAGUUCUUAUCGGGACUUCUUUCUGUAUGGGUGUGUUUUUCGCAAAUCAAACCUACGAUUAUAGCAUUUUGUUCGACCCCACAGUGGGCCAGGAGAACUUCGACAAUGCUCUACGCCAUUACCAAACCUUGUUCUACACACCUCGUCCCGUGCUAUACGCGCUCCUUGCCGUUGUGGCCAUUGGGCUAAUUGGGUCCUUGAUCAGGGUUUACAAGCCUAAUCCCGACAUGCAAUUGUUCGAAUACGCUUCUCUGGGCAUGUACGUUCUGGGUGUCUGCGUUUUUAUAACGAACAUCAAGACCGGCAUCGACUCGUCAGUCUCCGGCGAGUGGGGUGAGGUCACGCAGAAUCAAGGUCUCGCUGUUAUUGGCUCCUCCAAUAUAAUUUUGAUGAUUGUGUUUGCCGGUGUCAUUGUGCUGCAGGCUGGACUUUGGUACACCAAUUGGGACUAUGAAUACCGUCUAAAGGAAUUUUUUGCUAAGGAGGAGGCUGAAGCGGUCAAGGCGUCUGGAAAGGACGCUAAGGGCACCAAGGAGGCAAAGGCUGAGACUAAAAAGGCUAAAUGA